AUGCCAGAGGACUUUAAGAACGCUACUAACGGACGCCAAAUCUACUGCGAGAUUUUUGGGGUCGAACGCUCAGACUCUGGUCUCCAGCCGGACCUGACAGAAGAAGGAAGAACAACAGUCCCUGACCGGUUUGAGCACAUUCGCUCACUACAAGAAGCUAUCUUGGGAGACAUUCAAGAAGAUAUUGUGCCACUAGAAGCUCAAAACUAUAUCCUGGCCCGUCACGCAGAUUUACGGUCCGUGUCGGAUACCCAGAGUCUGUCUAGCAAUGACGAUGGCACUUCGUCGGUAGACAGCCCACAGAAAGCAGGACAAACGGCAUCGCCAGUUCGCAAGUCUACUGCUGUUAGUUCCAGACCACCCCCGCCCCCACUUAAUACCACUUUGGGUCCUAACUUGGGCCCCCAUAACUCAGUGUCCACUUCACAACCCGCCAACUACUCACCUCAGCGAUCGCACAGUGAUGUUCCUAGGCUAAAAUCUUCCUUUAGCCAGAUGUCUAUGGGUGUUCAUGCGCCUAAUAAGAAGCAGCAGACGAAUUACAACUCAAACUCAAAUCUCUCGUCCUCUAAGAAGUCCCCGCUACAAAAUUUCGCAUUCUUUUCCAGACCUACGUCAAAAGACAACAUCAUGGACAAUCAACCGAACUUACCACACUCAACUCCACAUGGCAAUACUAUGAACUCUAGGUCCCUAUCUUUCACCUCUUCAUCUCUAAAGAAUUUCGCAUCUUCAUUUCAACAAAAAACCUCCAACGGUAGAACCGUCCCACAAAACUAUCAAGCGUCAUCUAAUCCGUUUUUCGAUAGUUACAAUAAUCAUCAUCCACACCACCACCAAAACCCAUCUCAGUCGACUGCAGGGCUGGGAAUCAAGGCUAGAGGCUCGUCUGCGUCCCUAAACAGUAACCAAACGAACUCGAUAUCGAGGAAAAUGGGCUCAAAUUCAUCUCUGCACUAUCAUCGGAAGAGUAGCACAUCCCUACAUUCGAAACCUAUUUUAAGCACGACCUCUAUGAAAAGACCACAAGUUUAUCCCGCUAUGCUUUCCAGAGUCGCUACUAAAUUCAAAAAGGUCAUGCAACUCGGAGAAUACAAAAAAGAUGGGCUUUUAUACAGAGAUGCAUUCACAGGUCAACAAGCUGUUGAUGUGAUCUGCUCUAUCGUUAGAACUUCUGACCGAAAUCUAGCGCUGCUUUUGGGUAGGGCACUUGACGCUCAGAAACUAUUCCACGAUGUGGUUUACGAGCAUAGACUAAGAGAUUCCCCUAACGAAGUCUACGAAUUUACCGGUAACUCACGUAUUAUCGGCGGAGGUGCCACAGGGAUGAUUCCUGCAACUUCACAAGACCCCCUUUUAAUGGGCUCACAUCAUAAUUUGAUAUCAACUCACCCUUCAAAAUCCACUCUUGCCACCUCCACAUCUACAACUUCCGUCACGAGUGAAGCGUUCGAUAAACAUGUGGAUCUAGCAAAAAUUCAUCAAGUUAAUGGUGUGUUUACACUGCUUGCAGAGUGUUAUGUUCCAACAUGCUCGCGAAAUAAGCUGUGCUACUCGAUUUCAUGCCCGCGUCGUCUGGAACAGCAAGCAAGACUCAAUUUGAAACCAAAUGGUGGCUUAAAACGGAACAUUUCAAUGGCCGUAGAUGACGAAGAGGAAGAAAAACCAUCGUGGACGAGUUCCGUUCCCGAAGAAGUUUGGUCGUCACUUUCUAAAAAGGAAAUAAAAAGACAGGAAGCAAUUUACGAAGUGUUCAUUACAGAAAAGAACUUUGUCAAGUCUCUGGAGAUAAUAAGAGACACCUUUAUGAAGUCAUUGGCCGAGACUAACAUCAUCGCUUCUGAUAUCAGGAAAAACUUUCUAAAACAUGUUUUUGCACACGUCAACGAUAUUUACUCGGUCAAUAGGCGAUUCUUGGACGGGCUCAGUGAUAGACAAAAAUCGUCGCCAAUUGUUGAUGGUAUUGGGGAUAUUUUUCUGAAGUUUAUUCCAUUUUUUGAGCCGUUCGUCAUGUACGUUGCAUCAAGGCCUUAUGCAAAGUAUCUGAUAGAGACACAGAGAUCCGUGAAUCCUUACUUUGCACGGUUCGACGAAGAUUUGAUGAACUCAUCGUUAAGACAUGGCAUUGACUCUUUUUUGUCGCAAGGUGUAUCCAGGCCAGGUCGUUACAUUUUGCUGGUGCGUGAAAUCAUCAAGUCGUCUGACUCAGAAAAGAAUAAGCGAGAUUUGGAAAAUAUGAACAAAGCUCUAGAAGCACUUCGUGACUUUAUGACAAGAAUUGAUAGAGCUAGCGGUGCAUCUCAGGAUAGACACGAUAUUGAACUUUUGAAGCAGAAAAUAUUAUUCAAAAACGAGUAUGUGAAUUUAGGCCUCAAUGACGGGAAGCGUAAAAUCAAACACGAAGGUGUGCUUUCGCGAAAAGAACUUACCAAGUCGGAUAAUAGUUUUGGUGGUGACAUACAAUUCUACUUGCUAGACAACAUGCUCUUGUUUUUGAAGGCAAAGGCUGUCAAUAAAUGGCAACAACACAAAGUUUUUCAAAGACCUAUUCCGCUCCCGCUUCUUUUUGCGUGUGCAGGAGAGGAUAUGCCACCCAUUAGAAAGCACGUUAACCAGUCGCCCGAAAGUUCAGGAACUGUUAUAACACUUGAUGGACAUUACAACAAUCCCAAAAACGCCCUCACAUUCUUGUAUUAUGGUGCGAAACACAGAUAUCAAGUAACACUCUACGCUGCACAAUACGCAGCCUUACAAACACUUUUGGAAAAAAUCAAACAAGAGCAGGCCCUUUUGUUGGCCACUAACGACAUUUUCAACAUGACCAAGAUCAGCAGCCGGUUUUUUGAUUUCAGCAAUAAGAUUAAUAGCGUUGCAUCUUGCGACGGGGGGCGAAAGCUGCUGUUUGCUACAAACCUUGGCCUAUAUGUGAGUGACACCAAACGAGAAUCAUCCGCGCAGGGUCAAGACGCCACGACAUAUUUUGGUACGCCAACAAAAAUUUUGCACAAGAGUGUAACGCAGGUAGCGGUGCUUGAGGAAUUUCAGUCGGUACUGCUACUAACGGACAAAAAACUGUACAGCUGCCCACUUACAUUAUUAAAGGAGCUUAAAGACGGUACUCAAUUUUUCAAAAAGCAUGCCAAGGAACUUGUUAAUCACGUCAACUUCUUUUCCGAGGGCGACUGUGAUGGGAAACGCCUGGUAGUGACCGCGCACAGUUCAUCACACUCUAUAAAGUACUUUGAGCAUGACCACCCAAUGCUUAUGGAGGGCAAAAAGAACAUGAAACGCAAAAUAACCGAGAUUACAUUUGAGUCUGAACCGGUGUCGAUUUCCUUUUUGAGAACCAAUCUUUGCAUCGGGUGCAAGAAAGGUUUUCAAAUUGUUUCAGUAUCACAAAAUGUACACGAACCGCUGCUAGAUCCCGCCGACACUUCAUUGGAGUUUGCAUUCAAGGAUGUACUAAAACCGCUUUCCAUUUAUCGAGUGGGAUCGUCUAUGUUUUUGUUAUGCUACUCCGAGUUUGCAUUUUUCGUUAAUAGCCAAGGCUGGCGGAAGAAGGAGUCGUACGUAAUUCACUGGGAAGGGGAGCCUCAAAAGUUUGCUAUCUGGUACCCAUACAUUCUAGCCUUCGACACCAAUUUCAUCGAAAUUCGGAAAAUCGACACCGGAGAGCUCGUGCGCUGCGUUUUGGGUGACAAAAUGAGGCUAUUGCAGGCCUCAUCACAGCAAAUUCUAUACGCAUAUGAAGACGAAAACGGGUUUGAUACCGUGGUAGCGUUGGAUUUCUGGGGCAAAUAG